AUGUUUGUGCCAAAUUUGAAGAAGUUGUGUCAAGCCGUCGGCUCCGCCCUCUCCCUCCUCAACACCUCUCGGCUCUUCGCGCGCAGCUCACCUGGCAGGUGUGUUCUCUGCGCUGUGGUCGGAGGCGUCCUCCGAGGGUCCGGACAGGGGAGGAGCAUCGACGGCCACGACCUCGUCUUCAGGAUGAACGGAGCGGUGAUCAGAGGAUUUGAAGACGAUGUGGGGACGAAGAUUUCCUUGCGCCUCACCACAAACACCAUGAAGAACGGCCUGAACCUGUACCGAGCCGACGGCUUCACCAGGAUCCCUCAGAGCGUUUCUGCUUACGGCUUCAUCACCAGGAACUACGCCGCGUUCUCCGACCAUUACUACGACUCCGCGAGGAGGCCUCUGAGGUUCUUGGCCAACCACGACCUCCGGAUGGAGAGCCGGCUGUGGGAGGCGCUGCACCUCCGCAGGGUCAUCAGGUUGUACCGGGGGGGGGGGGGCGGCUGACGGAGGAGGUGGAGAGGAGAAGUGCUCAGGACUGCAGAGUGGAUGGAGCUCCGGUGCUGUUUUGUUAAAAACACAGGAACUUAUUUUAUUCGUCUGGAAAGAUCCCGAUGUUCCCAAAGGUCCCACGUUCUCCUGCCUGAAUCCGUCCAGAGCGUUUUUGACCUGAUGUGAUGUGAAGUUGUAAAAAGCAGGAUCCAAACUUUUUAUGCCACAUUUUGCACACAGCGUGUCUGUACGUUACACUCGGCUAAAUACGACCUUUGUUUUAUAUUGAAUG